AUGGCUGAACUCUUCGGCGUCGCCGUAUCGGCGGCUCAACUUGGUGCAGCAUGCUGUUCUUUGAUCGACGUCUUGAGGAAGAUAAGAGGGUGCGCAACUGUACUCAAAAAAUAUUAUAACCAACUACAAGAACUACAAAGCCUCUCUAUCAGCAUCUCUGAAAACCCUCUUCUGCAGACUCCUGAGAUAGGGACUCAGACAAGAGCUCUUCUAUCAACGAUCAACAACAACUGCAUCAACUCCCUUCUGAGAAAAAAGAAAUUACUACGAGCUUGGGGCUUUCUGUAUCGAGAGCAAGACCUUCUCGAUAUCUUUGUUACACUUGAACGACAGAAGAGUACCCUCUCCCUGACGAUCCAUCAAAUACAGUCCAAAGCAUUAUAUCAGAUCCAAACUGAUAUCCAAAGAAUGUCUUCCAACAAAGUCAUGGAGGAAACAAGGGCCAGGCCCCAGCAGGAGGACUUCCUUGAGUUUCUCCUUCGCAGCGCGACUUUGGAGAAUCCCUCUUCCCUUCACAAAGAGAUUGUCCCCGUCAACUUGUCUCGCCAUCCGAACACUGCAAAGGGACGAAUGGCGGUGGCCUACGAAUACCAGACAGAAUCUCGCCGAAGCAGUACCGCCACUAUCGCCGUUGUACCCACAGAAUCAAGCAUCUCGAACGGCUUUGUCACAAAGGUCAACCAUGGCCUCAAAUGGGUUGGCUGUGUGGCAGAUCAAGGGUUUGACCAAAACAACGGACAUGAAUGGGACAUCAACAAAGACAUUUCCAACCCAAUCGAAGAAAGAAACUUUGUUAAAAGCGAAUACAGAGAUUUGCUCAAGAUAGGAAGUGGCAACCAGCACAACGGCCAUUCUCUCGAGGUUUCAGGCGAUGUUGCUGGCAGAUUUACUCCCAACAUGGACGGUGACCGAUGGACUCAUUGCAACGCUAAGGCUGGCGUCGCAGGAGAGAAAAUUGGAAAAUCUUUUGGGACACAGACCAAUGGUCUCAAGAUUAAGAUUAAGAAGUGA